ACGUCGCCUUGAUGCUAAAACACCGAGUAAUGAUCUUCAGACACAAGGUCACAUUUAUCAAGGUCCCAGCAGGACUGGCAGGAGAAAAAACACACAGUGUGGAAAACAGUCAGGCGAGUUGGAACCAAUAGCUGCAAAAAAAAAGAUUGAAUUUAAAUUAUUUUAGAAAGUUAAAUGAAAGGCAUAAAUUUACAACUAAUUAUUGAAUUACUAGUAGCAGUUCCACAGCAUGAUAUGCCACCACCAUGCUUAGGAGUUGCAAAGUAGCAUCUUUUUUUUUUUCUUUGAAGUGACACUUUGUUUUAAUUGGGCCAUUUUAACCCAUUAAUUAUGUUGUGAAAAUAAUCCUUUGAAAAUAGUCUGAAAUAUUCAAUAGUCUGAAAUAAAUCGCAUAAUGAAGCUGACCUGCAAAAUCUGGGUCAGUAGAUUUGACCCAGAUUUUGCCAACAAGUUAAUGGCUGAAGAUUUAUUGAUAUUUUUUCGGGUUCCGCAAAACGUCCCACUCUCUUGUUUUAAUGACAGACUUGAUAGCGGCGGGCCGUCCCAUCCCAUCCCAGGUGCCGAACUCUCGGCAGGCCCUCGAGAGAAAAAUGAACAAAGACCUCAAUUGAGGCCCUUGUUUCCCGAGCAAACAAAAUGAAAAGCUCCCGCGCUCGUUUCCCGUUAAUUUGCACGAAACCGGACCUUGAUCGGUUCCGAGUGUGACUCAGGAAUGUGGCGCCGCAGACGGCUAAAGGUGAAUUACGUAACAAGCUGAAAAUAAAUAUAUACUGGAGUUUCCCCCCCUGGGGCGUGUAAGACUGGAAGUGCAGUGAGUGGGAGGUGCAGAGAUGAAGGAAAGGCAACACAUUGAGGACCUGGGCUGAUGAGGACGCAGUAGUUAAAAGUAAGUUUAAAAAAAAAUAUCUGUAUACAUUUCUUUCAAUGUUUACUGUGAUUUUGAAAUGUCUUACAGCUUUCAAAUGUAGUUUGUUUCUUGUUUUUUUUCCCCAACAGUGUUGACAACCUAACCUUGACCUACAUAGUUGGUGACCCUAACAAUGACCUUUGUCUGGCUAUUGGCUUGUGAACAUGUUUAUACAUUACAUACAAUACAUUAUGAACAUCAGCCUUUUUUAGUGAACAAUAUAUUAUUUUACAAAUUAAGCAGUAGCACAUUCAAAAUGUGAAAAAAAUGAACCUUCGCUUUGAAUUGCCUACAUUUUUCCAACCAACUAAUUUAGCAUUUAACCAAUAAUCCAGUAAGAAAGUGACUAUAAUUAUUUCUGAUUUCUUUCUUUUUUUUGUCAAAUAACUUAAGUUUAAUACUUAAGUUAUUUAAAAUAUAUAUAUAUAUAUAUUAGUCUGGCUAAAGCUUGGCUAGCUCCAGCUAAAAUAUAGUUUGAAAUUAAAUAGGAUGUGCCAAUGCCUCAUCAAAAUAUGAGCAGCUCAUCGUGGCCAAUGUCCCUUUCUCAGGGCUUUUCCAUGGCCGAGCUCAAUAAUGGAUGCAGGGACCUGGAAGUGCUGCUGAAACGUUACUACCUCUCUGUUGCUUACAGCAUCAUCUUUGUUGUGGGCCUCGUGGGGAACAUUACAUCCUUAGGCAUUUACCUGGCAAAGCUGCGUCCGUGGAAGAGCAGCAGCAUCAUCAUGGUCAACCUGGCCCUCACGGAUCUCUUCUAUGUCCUCACCAUGCCCUUUUUGGUCUACUACUACAGCAACGGGGAGUCGUGGAUGCUCGGCGACUUCAUGUGCCGCUUUGUGCGGUUUGCGUUUCAUUUCCACCUGUACGGGAGCAUCCUGUCCUUGUCCUGUGUUGCGGUUUUCCGCUUUUUGGUGGUGAUCCGGCCGCUGAGAGUGGUGGAGGUGCAACAGAAGGUUUGGGGAAUCGUUGCCUGCUUGGUUGUCUGGAUUGUCUCUGCCGCUGAAGUCACACCAAUGCUUACCGUCAUAUCCCUCACCCCCAAGGACAACAUGACAUUUUGCAUUGACUUUGCGAACAUUGAGUCAGUCGGUAGCAUUCGGGAGUACAACUGGUUGCUCACUGCAUUUGGGUUUGCUCUACCCUCACUGCUGGUGUUUGUCUGUUACAUCGGCAUUGUGAAACAGCUCACUAGUGGAGCCCACCCCUCCAGUUCCUGCAGGAUGCGAGCGCGGCGCGUCAUCGUCCUCAUCCUGGUGGUGUUUGCGAUGUGCUUCCUGCCGUACCACGUCUUACGAGUCUUGUGGGUGGAAAUUCGGACAAAUUCAGCGACACAGUGCACAAAAUAUGUUGUGAAUGCAGCUUAUAUUAUCUCAAGGCCUCUGGCGGGACUCAACACAUUCUUCAACCUGGCGUUGUACACUCUCUCAGGAGACAACUUCAGAAAGGCCUUUGUGGAGAUUUUUUGCCGGGAGCAGUGGCUCGCCAAGGCAGCGUCCAUGCUCCACCUGAACACCGUCCACCGAGCUGAGACUGGCAUGGCCACUGCGUGACAAAAACGACGAAAUUUCCUACAACGAAAUUACUGAACGGACACUAGAGAGCGUAAUUUGUUACAUCACAAUUGGACAGUUAGUGCUAUUAGGAAUUUUACCAGUUUGCAUCAAUGAAACAAUAGAUUAGCAAAUUGAUUGGGUUAAUUUAAGCUUUCUAAUUGUUGCUCUGACUAUAUGGACAUGUUCAGGUGUAUGCUGAAGUCCUUUUCUCUUCGUUGAGUGGUAUGUUAACAGUUUUGAAUUUCUGUUGCAUUUUGCUGUGCCUUUCCAAGUUCCAAACAACCCUUUCACUCGUUACAGAUCUUGUCACUUCAAAAAACAUCAAUGCAGUUUUCUAAGACUUGAUGUCAGAGACCAGCACACGUUGUGAAAUGUGAAGAAACCCACACGCUGUUUUCAAAUAUAGCAAAUAAAAGUCUCAAAAAUGUGGAGAACAGUUGUGCUGAGCAACUUUUACACUGAUUUAUCACUCACAUGGUUUCACUUUUCCCCUCAUUCUGAGCCACAGCUGUGCUACGUUUUUGCAGGUCCUCAAUGCAACAAGGUCAUGUCUCGGCCAUGACUGGGGUUAAUGUUGUUAUGUUCCUCAUUCUCUCGUUAUUGUAAAUUAUUAACGCACAUUAUGUCUCUUUCUACUACAAGUUGAUAUUAUUUCCUCCCAAGGUUUUCAAACAGAGUUAAAAGUAUGCUAAAUAUUAACUUUCUGACCACUAAAUGCAUCUGCAGUCAAGAGGAAGAGGUUCUGCAAGAUUUGGCAGCUCCAGUGAAGAGAAAAGGGGACCGGCGGAUGCAAAUGAUCCCGAAAAAUGUACUUUAUUCACAACGUCAGAUGUCUUAGUGUGUGUAUUUAAUAGCUGACACUUUAGAGCCGAAGCAUAUAUUGGAAAACGUGAACAUUUGGGCGGCUAAUGUGAGCGCUGUGGUUAGCCACCGCUAAUGAUGUUUAUUUUGUUCGAGUUGGUUCCACAACUUCCAGGAAGAAUUACUA